AUGAGUUUCAAGAGCCUAAGUGUGACGGCCAAAGUACACGAGCCUAGAACGCCGGCUUGUGUCCCGACAGGCUUGAUAAAUGUUGGAAAUACAGCGGCCUCAGAGGCCUACUAUGCUCGAAACCAAGAGCUCACGAUGCUGGACAAGCAGGCGACCUAG